CAAAAUUGAACAAAAAAAUGGAAAAAGAUGUACCUUAACGAACACCAAUACGUAGGUAGAUUAUUUGAGAUGAUUAUAAAAAAUAGAAAGGACACACACCAAUUUACUAUUAACUAAUAAAUACUUGAUGUUAACAGAUUUCGUAUUUUUAAAUCGAUACCGUCAAUCCAUAACAAACAGCUGAACCGACUGAUUGAUUAGUGGUACUGGUUUUCAAAAUGUUUUUGGCGUUGUUUGUUCUUUUUUGGGCUCUCUUGUGUUACAUGUUCGGCAUGAAUUUCUUUAAGAAACUUGGAAAAUUUAUCAAGUACUUGUUGGUCGUGUACAAAUUGCCUGGACCUGAAAGGGUCGCUGUUUUUGGAAAUAUGUGGCAGAUUUGGUGCAAGCCAGAAGAAGUUUUUAAACAAUUACGCCUGUGGAGCAAGGAACAUGGUCCUGUUUAUAUUGUUUCAGUGACUUAUCUUUUUCCUGGCGUUAACAUAGCUGAAGCAGAAGCGUUUGAGAAAGUAGCAGGCACUAUAAAAAAUAUAAAAAAGGCUCCCGUAUACAAUUUCUUAAAAUUGUGGCUGGGACAAGGACUGUUAAGAAGUACAGGUGAUAAAUGGCAUACCAGACGAAAAAUACUUACUCCAGCUUUCCAUUUUUCCAUUUUACAACAGUUCGUGACUAUUUUCAAUACCCAAACAAACCGAUUUGUAAAUGUCUUGAAACAAGAAACGGAUAAAGAAUGGACCAAUGUUGUGCCUCUUGUUUCCCAAUUUACCCUUUGCACUAUUUCAGAUACAUCAAUGGGCACUCCAUUAAAUUUAGAAUCAGAAAACGAUAAAAAUUACGUAUCAGCCAUUUACCAAGUCGGUAAGAUAGUUUAUUACAGACUUACCAGGCCAUGGACGUACUGUAAUACCUUGUUCUACAAAUUCUUCCCGACCGGUUACAAAGAGAAAGAGUUAGUGAAAACUUUACAUGAUUUUACCGACAACAUUAUCGCGAAAAGGAUGGAAUAUUUCGAGAAAUUCGAGGUGUCUGAGGAUGACAGUUAUAAUUAUUCAAAAAGUAAAAAAAUGGCGUUCUUGGAUUUGCUUAUUAACGCCAAAUUGACCGAUGGUAGUAUUGAUGAUCAAGGAAUUAAAGACGAAGUAAACACUUUCUUGUUUGAGGGUCAUGAUACGAUAGCAACAUCACUGGGAUUUAUUUUAAUGCUAUUAGCCAACCACAGAAAUUACCAGGAUCAAAUUUUCCAAGAAAUUAUCACAGUUCUAGAAGACUGUGUGGAAAAUCCAGAAGUAAAACAUUUAAACGAACUUAAAUUCUUAGAGCGGUGUAUUAAAGAGGGUUUAAGGUUAUAUCCUAGCAUUCCCAUGAUAGCUAGAGUUAUGGAAGAAAAUACCGAAGUCAAUGGGUAUAUUUUGCCUAGAAAUGCCCCGGUUCACAUCCACAUCUUUGAUAUCCAUAGAAACGAAAAACAUUGGCCAGAUCCAGAAAAAUUUGACCCCGACAGAUUUUUGCCGGAAAAUUGUGUUAAUAGACAUCCGUUCUCUUUUGUUCCAUUUAGCGCGGGACCCAGGAAUUGUAUAGGGCAACGUUUCGCAUAUCUAGAACUAAAAGCAGUAUUAUGUGGUAUAAUAAGAAAUUUCAUUUUGGAACCCGUAGAUACGCAAGAAACGAUACAACUAGUACCUGAUAUAGUAUUAAGAACUGAAAAUGAAAUAUUAAAAGUAAAAUUUAGUUUAAGAUCAACUUAAAACUGUUUAAAAUUAAAUAAAUUUAAAAUAUUUAUUGUUGUAUAAUCCACAAAAAAAUGUUUAUAAAGUAGGCCAUUAUUGACAAAGAUAGAGAUACUAUAACUACGAACGGCUCUAGAUUAAAUCUAGUAAAAAAUAACGUGGGUUUACCGCAAAAAGUGACCAAGUCAAAUUUUAUAUUUGAGUUAUAAUGACCAAAUCACUUGUUAAAAUCAGAUUUACAAAAGAAAAU